CAGGGUGGACGAAUGCAAAUAUAAUUAUUCUUUGGUGAGCUGUUGAAGUGUAUACUGCGAGUGCACAAUUUCAACGCUAUUUUAUAAAAGACGCGCACAGCUUUCAUACUAUUUGCUUACAUUAAUAUUUAUCAUUUUUCUACUCUGAUCUUGUUUCUCUCGAAGUCAGUGAAUAGUGAGUGUAAAAAUGGUGUCCGGCGGAAUGGCUUGCAUCAAAUACCUGACGUUUCUUUUCAACCUGAUAUUUGCCAUCACGGGAAUUGUACUUAUUGCAGUGGGCACUGUAAUCUUGGUGGUUUACAGUGGCUACAACAAUUUUAUGGACAGUUGGUUCUUCGCAGCACCAGUAUUGAUGAUUGUAAUUGGCGCUAUUGUGUUUAUUGUAUCAUUCUUUGGUUGUUGCGGAGCUGUUAAAGAGAAUCAUUGCAUGAUAAUAACGUUUUCUGUAUUAUUGCUUUUAAUUUUCGCACUUGAACUUGGUGCUGGAAUUGCUGGAUAUAUGAUGCGUGGAGAGGUACGCACAAUGGUAGAAAAUCGAUUAAAUACAACAAUGGAGGAAUAUUUAACCAAUAAUGAUAUUCGUAGAUCUUGGGAUAUUAUGCAACAUGACUUGGAAUGUUGCGGAAUGAUUGGCCCUACUGAUUGGGCUCAUGUUGGAUUCGCAGAAAAUACUGUACCAAAUUCCUGUUGCAAAGAAGUACCAGAAGGAAGUAAAUGUGACUCAAAUUCAAUUCAUAUACAUUUAAAUGGUUGUAUGGGCAAUCUUCAAUCUGCUACUGAGCAUAAUGCUUUAAUCUUGGGUGGUGUAGGCAUUGGCAUUGCUAUUAUUCAGUUUGAUAUCAAAUGAAGCAAGAAUUUUUGUGCAGUACCAUGUCUUUUAUGACUGUUUCUUUAAGACUGAUCAUUUUUAUUCUAUGUUAAUCAAGAUGAAUCUUUUGUACUUUGUUUAUAAACUGCACGUGGAUAUUCGAGAACUACAAAACCAAAAACUUUAUAUUUAUAAAGCAAAUUGGAGAUUGUAUUUCAAUAUACUGCCAUUAUCUGCCAAAUGGUUGAAACCAAGUCAUUCUUAGAUUGCACUGUACGUGGAAUUAAAGCUUAUGGUAUAAGAAUGUUCAGACAAGAGAUAGAAGGGUCAUUAGAUAUUUGGCUUGAUAUUUAUCGCUCUUUCAAAACUUGA